AUGUCUAACAUCAGAGAUCUAUCCAACGAGCUUUUGCUGUGGAUUGUGUCGUAUUUGGAAGGUAGUGUGACGUUCGUUCUUGCAAAAUCGUGCAAAGAGCUUGAUUUUAGACUUCAACCUAAUAUCAACAUCCAGAAUCAAGCGUGCGAAACUGUGCUGUGGUAUUCUAUUCACUAUAGAAGUUAUUCUAUGGUCAAGAGGCUUUUAGAACAACCCGAAGUCAGAGUGGACAUUAAACACAAACACGACCGAACUGCGCUUUACCUAGCGGUUUUUGUUUUCAGGAUAGGGUUCGUCUAUCUUCUGCUGUUAAGAGGUAAUAAUCUUGAUUUACAGGAUGAUUCAGGCUAUUCGCUUUGGGCCUGGGUACGUUACUUUAAUAGACUUGUGAUGAAAAUAAUUCUUUCCAACGACCUCAACUCUCAUUUGUUUUUUGGAACUUAA